AUGGGGAUACAGAAAGUAACAAUUAUUCCAUACAGACCUGAGGCUAAUUGGUUGUGCGAACGGGUAAGCAGGAAAGUGCUCGAGGCUCUCAGGAAAACUGUAGGUGGUAAUGAUGAGAAUUGGGACAGAUAUGUUAAUGUUGUUAGACAACAGUUGCGAGCUGCGAUACCUUUGGAGUCGUCUAACAACAGGAGACCGUAUGUUAGUGUGACAGCGAUAAAAUGUAUCCUGGCUAGAAAUAUGGAAAAACCGUCCAUGGAUAAGCGGAUGCGGCGACUCUUUUGCCCGUCAUUAUUACGUCAUCUAAUUAAUUAUUUCCGUGUCCAUCCAAUAACAGACUGGAAUCGUCAGGUUAAGGAUCUGGCGCCUGUCAACACAACACCGAGACCGCCCACCACAGCUGUGGUGCCAAGCCCCACUCCUUGCACCCCUACUCCAUAUGAUUUCAAGGGAGCAGACCAAGAGGACCCCAAGCUGAUCGAAUACAUCCAACGAGAGUUGUUGAUACCACCAUCCGUCCAACCUUACAAACUUGGUCGCCCUGAUCUCGACCACCUUUCUCAGUUCAACCAGUCAAAAAUCGCCAACGAAAUGCUCAAAGGAAUGAAAGGUGGAUUCUUCAUUGAAGUUGGUGCCGCCGAUGGAGAGAGCCUAAGUAACUCGAUCUUCUUCGAGAGGCAACUUGGGUGGAGGGGUCUGCUGAUCGAGGCAUCGCCAGGUUAUUUUGAAGCGCUGAAGAACAAAAAUAGAAAUGCCUACAUCAUUCACGCCGCUCUUUCUGUGAACAAUUAUGCUUCUGAAGUCACCUUCCAGGCUAAUUUAGGAUAUGGCAGCAAGCUGGGCAACACUGGUGUCAAGGUGAAGGGAAUUCCCCUUUUCUCUAUUCUUCGAGCCUUGGACGUCAAAAUAGUCGAUUUCAUGUCUCUGGAUAUUGAGUCUUUCGAAGUUAAGGUGCUGAAGACAGUUCCAUGGGAUAAGAUAAAGUUUAGGCUCAUGUGCAUCGAGGUAGCCCACAUCCCAGAAGGCAAAGAGUUCCUGACGAAAUUCCUACAGGAAAAGGGAUAUAAAUUCUUAGGAUAUGGUUACUUAGACAUUGAUGCUUGGUAUGCGUUACCGGAGCUUCUGAACACAAAUGUAAAUCCUUGGUAAUUUAACUUGUCAUUGUGUAUAAUUACCUAAAGUAUUUUUCACUGAUCUAUUUCUACACGUUUGUUCCUAUGUGCGUAUUGUGUGUAUUUCUAAAUAUGCACGUUUUGAAGGACUAGUACAUAAGAGGAUUUUUGUUUAGUAAUCAAGGUUUAUUGCUCAUAUCCGUUGAUUGACUAUGAUAU